AUGGGCGAGGAACAGAAAUCCGAGCAUCGAUUUCUCUUUCGCCAGCCGCGCGCCUUGCAAUGGUUUGAAGGCGGCCGGUUGAUGAAGCGCCAAGAGGGCGAGAGACAAGCAGGUCGCUUUGAGCUCUUCCUCGAUCUGCUCUAUGUGGCGCUUCUUUCGAACUUUGCGGAUACCCUCACCGAGGAUAUCUCGGGAGCCAAGCUCGCCAAGUACAUUCUGAUCCUCGCGCCGUCAUGGCACGUAUGGAGCGAUCUCCGGGAGUUAAUGAACUCCUUCUACAACGACGACCUGCUGCAGCGCGUACUGAUCCUCUGGGUAAUGGCCGUGCUAGUAGUCUACGGCAACAACGCACCACUAGUAGACGAAGAGAUCGGCGCGAUGCGAUCAACCGUGGCAGCAUACAUGGUCGCGCGCGUCUCCUGCAACCUUGCGCAUCUCCUAUACUCGUUCGCAAGCUACCACCACCGACUGCAGCAACGGCUGUGGGUAGGCGCGUCAACACUCACGCUGUGCCUGUACAUCCCACUGUACUUCGAGUCCGUCUCGAUGCGCGGCAAGAUCGCCGCCGCGGCCGUCGCCGUUUCCGUCGAGGAGAUGCUGUGGGUUUUCUGCUACUCGCCCGCAGCCAAGAAGCUGCUGCGCACGAAGUACUCGACGGCCGUUGAUAUCCCCCACGAGGUCGACCGGUUCGCGGCGUUCUAUAUUAUCGCGCUCGGCGAGUUCCUGUACCUGAUCAUCGUCGGGUCGAAUGCGGCGAUCGGUCUGAAUCUGCGGCUGAUGCGUGCCAUCUGGACUCUUAUCAUUGCGUUCUGCUUGAACUGGUUGUAUACCCAUGCCGACUGCGCGGUGAAGUGCACCCAUCCGCUGCGGAACUCGGUCUACACGGCUUUCUCGUGGGCGCUUAUUCACCUGCCGCUCAUUGCUAGUCUGCUGGCUGGUGGCCAUGUUGCCGCUGCUUCGGUCGCGGAGGAAGAGUUCGAGGACCCGCAGCGCUGGCUUCUCUGUGGUGGUUUGGGCGCCGGCAUGAUGUGCCUGUAUAUCUUUGCGCUGUUGCAUGGGUCUAGUGACCAUGGUGAGAAUCUAAUUCUGCCCAAGCCCUUCCGUCUGGCUAUGCGCCCAAUCACUGCAAUCAUUAUCGUGCUCCUCCCUCUCGCCCACCACCUCGACGCAACUGAGAUCCUGUCUAUAAUCAUGGCACUGUUCGUCUUCUGCGUGAUCUGGGAGACGGUCACCUCGCUGCGAAAGGGUGCCCAUUUCUGGGAGAAAUGGGAGGAGACGCAGUACCCGGAGAAGCGGGUUGCCAAUGGGGACGCUGAGGCUGAGGCUGACAAUGGUCAAACCUCGCCUUGA